UCAUAUUUCUAUUUCCACUGAUAGCAUAGCAUAGCACUACACAAAGCACAAGUACACGUCACAACAACUUUAUAACCACCUUCUGCUGUAUCCCACUCUCUCUCUCUCUCUCUCUCUCUCUCUCUCCUUUUCCAAUAACACAAGUAAAGGAAGAUGCCUCCUGCUGCUGCUGCUACCUCCGCCGAAUCUUCAUCAGUCUCCGGCCAAACCAUAUGUGUCACCGGCGCCGGCGGCUUCAUCGCUUCUUGGAUGGUUAAGAUCCUCUUGGAGAAAGGCUACACUGUCAGAGGAACCUUGCGUAACCCAGAUGAUCCUAAAAAUGGGCACUUGAAAGAGUUCGAAGGAGCAAAGGAAAGGCUUACUCUACACAAAGUUGAUCUACUUGACAUUAACUCCGUUAAACAAGCCGUCAACGGCUGUCAUGGUGUUUUCCACACUGCUUCUCCCGUCACCGAUAACCCCGAAGAAAUGGUGGAACCUGCGGUGAAUGGAGCAAAGAAUGUGAUAAUAGCGGCUGCAGAAGCAAAAGUGCGGCGCGUGGUUUUCACCUCAUCAAUAGGAGCCGUGUAUAUGGACCCCAAUAGAAAUGUCGAUGUGGAGGUUGAUGAAUCUUGUUGGAGUGAUUUGGAGUAUUGCAAAACCACCAAGAAUUGGUAUUGCUAUGGGAAGGCUGUGGCAGAACAAGCAGCAUGGGAUAUAGCAAAAGAGAAAGGGGUAGAUUUGGUUGUAGUGAAUCCAGUUUUGGUUCUUGGACCGUUGUUACAACCCACUAUCAAUGCUAGCACAGUUCACAUAUUAAAGUAUCUAACCGGUUCUGCUAAGACCUAUGCAAAUGCUACACAAGCUUAUGUGCAUGUUAGGGAUGUUGCAUUAGCCCAUAUACUUGUUUUUGAGAAACCUUCUGCUUCUGGUCGAUACUUAUGUGCUGAAAGUUCCUUGCACCGUGGGGAGUUAGUUCAAAUUCUUGCCAAGUAUUUUCCAGACUACCCAAUUCCUACCAAGUGUUCAGAUGAAAAGAAUCCAAGAGUGAAACCACACAUCUUCUCAAAUAAAAAACUGAAAGAUUUGGGUUUGGAAUUCACUCCAGUGAGUCAAUGUUUAUAUGAAACGGUUAAUAGCCUCCAAGAGAAAGGUCACAUUUCUAUACCAAAGAAAGAAGGAUCUCUUGCACUGAAAUCCUAAACCAGCCACUCUCUAUUCAACUUGUCAUCAACUUUAUUUCAAUUUGUAGCAAUCUACUAGGCUCUAGGCCCAUAUUACAUUAUGGGCAUCCUACUAUAUAAGACCGUAAUUGGAUAUUGUAAGAAAGACAUCGUGCAAAUUGUAAUUUGUCUUUAUAUUUGAAAAUAAUCUUAAUAUAUUAUUGUUAUACUUAUUAACAAAUAA